AUGCCGGCGUUUGCGAGGUAUUUCGUGAUUAAGAGUUAUAGUGAGGAUGAUAUUCACAAGUCACUCAAAUACGGAAUUUGGGCCAGUACGGAAAUUGGGAGUAAACGUCUCGACCGCGCUUUCAGGGAAAGUUCGGAUCAAGGACCCAUCUACCUUUUCUUCAGUGUCAACGCUAGCGGCAUGUUCUGCGGUGUUGCACAGAUGGUCACGCCUGUUGAUCAUCGUGCCUCAAGUGGGAUUUGGGCCCAGGACAAAUGGAGGGGCCACUUUGGUAUUCGUUGGAUUUUCGUGAAGGACAUCCUCAAUGUCGUAUUGAAACACAUCCGUGUCUGCAACAACGACAACAAACCCGUCACCAACAGCCGUGACACACAGGAGUUAGAGGCAUAUGCCGGAAGGGAAGUCUUGAGGACUUUCGCCCUGUUCCAGGAGAAGACCGGAAUCUUGGGUGACUGGCGCGCUCAUGUGUUGAGGCAGAGGAGGGCGAGUGCUGCAAGUGUGAGUGCAAGUGCAAGUGGAGGGAUACAAGGAGGAUUCUGA